AUGGUUGUUUUUACUCAUACAAAUGCACUGGCCAAAGACUUCCAAAAUGACCGUAAGGUAAAAGCCCAAACUUGGCAUAGCUUCUUUAGGUGGAAUGGUGUAGGAGAGUGGACUCCUGAACGUAUGGGAGAAAAGAAAUUUCCACGAGUAGUUAUCUGGGAUGAGUCAGACUUAUUUCGCGAAGCACUUCCAGUUACAGAAAAAUGGGAAUAUCUUGAAGCUGAAUGGAAGCCUUCAGACCGUAUAUUGCCAAGAGAUGGACGCAAACAAAACUGCCUUGUCCAGAUCCCCGGCUCAUCCGAAAAAAAGGAAUUAGUAAAAAAUAAUAUAAUACACCUGCCCUUAAAUACACUUCCUAACAAAUUUUUAAAAGAUAUGUUAGCAGACAAAAAAGUCAUAGAUUGGGAGCUUGGAUAUGCUAUGACAAUUCACACUAGUCAAGGAAUGACUCUCAAAGCUCCACAGUGUGUUUGGAUCAUUGAUGAAAACUUAGCCUGGGAUAACCUAAUUUAUUUAGCAGUUGGUUGUGUGGAAUAUUUAAGCCAACUCAUUCGGGUUGAGGCAUCUCCAUUACCUCCUGAAAUUGCCCAAGAGAUUGAGGAAGCAAAAAAGAAAAGACGGCUAGAGCAUGAAUUGAGACCAUCUAUUCAGGAAAAACUUAUUGGAUAUAUGGGCCAGGACAAGGAAAAAGGUCGUGAAUUUGAUUUAACAGUCGACUAUAUUCUCACAUUAAAACGAAUUCAAGAAGACAGAUGCGUAUUAUGUCUUAUAGAAAUGAAAUUCGAAUGGGAUCGACCAGGAGAUAUAUUCCAGUGGACAGUGGAUUGA